AUGGCGAAAAUGGUAGCAUUGCUUCUUGCUAUUGUCUGCAUGACCAUGGCUUCAUUUGGUCGUGCACUUCCUGAUGAUCAAAGCCCUGAGUCCGUUGAAAAAUGGUUCAAACAUUUCCCAAAUGCAAAACCUCAGAACAUGAAGCUUCGCUUGUAUCUUAACAACAUCCUCACCAUGGUCCCUCCGGCGAGCGUCGCGGUUGCCAAGGCCAACACCACGGACUCCACUCCCGAUACCAACUUUGGCUUGGUGAGGGUCAUCGAUGGUCCGAUCACCGAACAACCAAUGACCGAGCACCCGGACGCGAAGGUUAUCGCUCGGGUCCAGGGACUCGGUGUAUUUUCCUCACAAACAGAAGUAGGUAUCCUUGAGGCUAUCAACUUUGUUUUCACCGACGGCGAGUUCAAAGGCAGCACUCUCACCACAUUCGGGCGUUUAGCCCCCGCGCAAGGCUGGAACGACAUUUCGAUAGUCGGCGGUUCCGGUGAUUUCCGGAUGGCCCAAGGAACUAUCGCUUCCAGGAUUUACUUCAUUGAUCCCACCAUCGGAGAUGUUCAAGAGAUGGUUUUCGACUUCUACUAUUACCCGCCAAGUAUCAGCAUGGAACCCAAGGAUGAAUUGAGAAAGUGA